AUGUCAGCUAUUGCAAGGCAAGCACCAGAGCACAUGUGGCCACCACAGCGGAAGACCAGAGGACAGUCUGCACCUAUCCAUGCCGUUCAGGAGGUUCACUGCAGGAAUAAUGGCAGCUACACCGGCGGCAUCUGUUGGAACAAGCCGCAGGCUGAUCUACUCUGGAGCGCAGAGGAGAUGCAUCAGCGAGUUGUGGGCGAUCAAGCUCGGUCCGUGCCAUUGAGGCCAAGGCCGAGGCAAUAUCGAGUGUUUUCCGCACUGCGAGCCGUGGCUGCUCCCACAAAUCCGGGCGGAGGCCUUUACCGUUAUCAAUCGGGCAUAACGCUGUCAGAGCGCCAACAGCGGGCUCGUUGGCGCCUAUCACGUAAAAGGAGGCCAUGCGGCUGCGCUGCCCGGCAAAAGGCGUGCUCGUUGCGCCCCGUCAAGAUCCUUUGCUGA